GCCCCCGGCCCCGCCCCCCCGAAGUUUCUUGGACCCCCGGCAGCCGGCGGGACAGAACGCGGAGAGUCGCCGCCCGGCCGGGCGUAGACGCGGUACGCGGCGCUGGGAGCGAGCGGCGGAGCGGCGGGACCUUGGCGGACUCGCCAUGGAGGAGGAGGGUGUGAAGGAAGCCGGUGAGAAGCCUCGGGGAGCACAGACGGUGGACAAGGCUGGCUGGAUCAAGAAGAGCAGUGGGGGCCUCCUGGGUUUCUGGAAAGACCGAUAUCUGCUCCUCUGCCAGGCCCAGCUGCUGGUCUGUGAGAAUGAGGAUGAUCAGAAGUGUGUGGAGACCGUGGAGCUGGGCAGCUAUGAGAAGUGCCAGGACCUUCGUGCCCUCCUCAAGCGGAAACACCGCUUUAUCCUGCUGCGAUCCCCGGGGAACAAGGUCAGCGACAUCAAAUUCCAGGCACCCACCGGGGAGGAGAAGGAAUCCUGGAUCAAAGCCCUCAAUGAAGGGAUUAACCGAGGCAAAAACAAGGCUUUUGAUGAGGUAAAGGUGGACAAGAGCUGUGCCCUGGAGCAUGUGACACGGGACCGGGUGCGAGGGGGCCAGCGGCGCCGGCCACCAACAAGAGUCCACCUGAAGGAGGUGGCCAGCGCAGCUUCUGACGGUCUUCUGCGCCUGGAUCUUGAUGUUCCGGACAGUGGGCCACCAGUGUUUGCCCCCAGCAAUAAUGUCAGUGAAGCCCAACCUCGGGAGACACCCCGGCCUCUCAUGCCUCCUACCAAGCCUUUCCUAGCACCUGAGACCACCAGCCCUGGUGACAGGGUGGAGACCCUUGUGGGGGACAGAGCCCCAACCCCUGUCUCAGCAAGCUCUGAGGUCUCCUCUGAGAGCCAGGAGGACUCAGAGACCCCAGCAGAGGAGGACAGUGGCUCUGAGCAGCCUCCCAACAGCGUCCUGCCUGACAAACUGAAGGUGAGCUGGGAGAACCCCAGCCCCCAGGAGCCCCCUGCUGCAGAGAGUGCAGAACCAUCCCAGGCACCCUGUUCUGAGACUUCCGAGGCUGCCCCCAGGGAGGGUGGGAAGCCCCCUACACCCCCACCCAAGAUCUUAUCGGAGAAACUGAAAGCCUGCAUGGGUGAGAUGCAGGCUUCUGGGCCACCUGCUCCAGGCACAGCGCAGGUCUCAGUGAAUGGCAUGGAUGACAGUCCUGAGCCUGCCAAGCCCUCUCAGGCUGAGGGCACCCCAGGAACUCCCCCAAAGGAUGCAACAACAUCCACAGCACUGCCCCCCUGGGACCUGCCACCUCAGUUCCAUCCCCGCUGCUCCUCCCUUGGGGACUUGCUUGGGGAAGGCCCACGGCGUCCCUUGCAGCCCAGGGAACGGCUAUAUCGGGCCCAGCUGGAGGUGAAGGUGGCCUCGGAACAGACGGAGAAACUGUUGAACAAGGUGCUGGGCAGUGAGCCGGCCCCUGUUAGCGCCGAAACAUUGCUCAGCCAGGCUGUGGCGCAGCUGAGGCAGGCCACCCAGGUCCUGCAGGAAAUGAGAGAUUUGGGAGAGCUGAGCCAGGAAGCACCUGGGCUAAGGGAGAAGCGGAAGGAGCUGGUGACCCUCUACAGGAGAAGUGCACCCUAGGGCCUGCUGGGCCAGAGGCACCAUCCCUCCUGGCCAUCCAUCAAGUCCAUCAAGGCCCAGCCCUGCUGAGAAAUGUGCUUCUGCUUCUACAGCAAUGGCUGCAGGAGGGCCAUUGGGCAUGUCAGGGUUUGGCCAUGACCCAAAGAGACUCCUGGCGUCCUUCCUACUCUGCUCUGGCCAGUGGUGCCAGGUGCCACCCAGGGCUACCGCCUGGCUAUCUGGCCUGGCCUCUGGGCUGGGGCUGGGGCUGGGGCUGGGAGCACACACGCUGGGACCUAUGUGUUUGUGUGGUCGUUCCAAACUGCCCCAGGGCUUUGGGGGCGGCACUUGGGGUUUCUGGGAAUGACAUCAUCUCUGUUCCCCAUCCUCAGUAGUUUACAUUCCUAACUUCUGAAUAGAGCACAGCUGAGCCCCCUGCAACUUCCAUCUCCAGCUAUUCCUAGGCAAAGAGCCUCAUGGCUAAGGCAUCCUCAAAGCUAGCCCCCCUCCCACCUAUUCUGAGUAGCUGCGGAGGCCUUGGGUCCAGGCUCUAGGUUCAUCCCUCAGUUGCGGGGAACGUAGGACCCAGCUGGAGCCUCUUGAGGGAGAUGAGAGGCCUCUUUGUGAGGAGGACAUUAGCUGUGUGGCCUCUCUCUCUCUUUGGCCCUGUUUCCUUUUUUGCAAAACAAGGACAUUUUCUGCAGCCCUUUCCUCUCAGGUGAGCUGUGAUUGGAGGGCUUAGGUCUGGAGGAUUCAGGAGUGGAAGAGGAACUUAAGGGGUCCUCUAGUCUAGUCUCUGCCCCUGGAUAGUGUCCAGCCUUGUAUAUUUCUGAAGAGGUGAAUCCCAGAGUGGUCCUGAUGUCCACAUUAGAAAAACUUACUUGUAAUGAUCAUGUCAGCCUUCAGAAGAGAAUCCCCACCAACUUCUGUGCCUCCUCAGAUGGGGAUUUAUCUGGGUCUCUGUGGUUCCUUCUCAGCUGAAACAGGUCCAGUAUCCCAGUCAUUUCUUCAAAUGUUGAUAGGGGUAUGUUGGAAUCCGAAGCCACUUCCCCGCCUUCAAGCCCCAGAUGGGCUGCUCUCCUGUAACUUUCUAGGAGAAGAGACAUUUUCUUCUUUCCCUUUCCUGGUCCAUCCCUGCACCCUGGUCCUCUCCCAGCCUCUCCCCGACAUUGUCCCUGACUCUAGGGGCACAUCCAGUCUCCAUCGUGCUGCAGCAGCUGGACUGAGGGCAGAGCCUGUAGGUGCAGAGGCCCUGGCUCCCGAGGUCCAGCCACUCUCCCUGGGGCCUGUGGGGUGAGAGCAGCUUCUGAUAGGACCUGCCCAGAUUUCUGCAUGUGCACUUUUGUUUACUGAAAGAGAGAAAGGGAGGGUCACAGCAACGUGCCCUGGCCUUUCUGCCCCGUUCCCCGACCCCACUGAGGCCUGCUGCACAGGUCAAUGCCUUCGUUAUCGUUAUUGUACUGUCACUUUGUUCUUGAGGUAGUAGUCAAGGAUCAGGAGGGGCAGAUGUCCUCUCUGGGCUGCAUGGGGCAGGAGCAGAGGUGAGCAGCAAUGCACUGGUUCGGGAGCCCCCAUCAGCCUCCUUGCGCAAACUGGGCCCCCGUGCCACAGUCUGCCUUUCCCUCCAUCUGCCCCAGGACAAGAGUAAGAAGGACAUCAGGUACCCAGUCAUGUGAUCCCCUGCCAUCUUCCCUUAGGAACAGCCUUCCCCCACCAGCAGCCAUGGCUGGCUGGGGCUUUAGCCAAGCCACCUACUGCCAGGAAUUGGAGCCUCAGUUCCCUCCUGUGUGAAGUAGCUAACUGCAGCAGCUGGACUGAGGGCAGAGUCUGUGGGUGCAGAGACCCUGCAUGCAGGUCACAGGUUUAGGCCCAGCUCCCCAGGCCCAGCCACUCUCCCUGGGGCCUGGUGGGUAGGCAAGUAGCUCUGGGGCCACCUCAAGUGACCAAAUGCUAUUAAUUUCCAUCCUUUAGCAGCCUGGGCCCUAGGCAGGAAGCUGGCUUCUGGGAGAGGAGUGAGAACGUGCAGGGCCUGCCUAGCUUGCCUCCUUGAGGAAGGUGGCAUUCCGUGCUUGCCUCCUUGAGGAGGGUGGCAUUCUGUGUCUUCUGCUUAUGAAGCGCUUUUCUUAAAGUUUGGCAAUAAAUCCAUUUUUAUGGAA